AUGGAAAAAGGAUUUAAACACGAAUCCACAACUACCGGAAAUUUUAUUCGCCCAGCAGUCACCGGGCCCAAACCACUCUCCCCGGAUGAUGACUUCCAAUUGUGGGCUUUCCGUGCUCAAACAUACCUGCAACAUGUUCCCCCCGAACACUUUGGACAGUGCUUCCUUCCUCUUCUGAACGACUACGCCGCCCGCCCGCUCCUAGCCUCGGGGACCCGUAUAACGUCUAAUCCUGAUGAGAUCUGGACGGCCCUUCACGAAUUGUUCGCCAGGCACGAAUUAGCACCUGUGUUCCUCGAGAAGUUCUUCGCGAAGAAGCAACUCCAUGCGGAAUCGGUUGACCAAUAUGUAGCCGUUCUCCGACAACUGGCAACCAAGGCGUACCCAAAGCGUCUGAAGUGGAGCGCGUUGACCACAUCCUGCUGCGGUUUAUUGUGGGAGUCUCCGACAAAAUCAAUGAAGCCAGAUUCCUGGAAAAAGUGCCACGGAGUCUGA